AUGUCGGCACAAGAAGCUGCUUAUCAUGUAUUAUCGUUGUCAUUAUCGAAGAAAAGUCGUAAAGCAGUAUUUAUAAAUACAAGUCCUAUAAAUGAACGAGUUUUGAUGUCGAAAUCAGAAAAUACAUUGAAAUCUUCAAAUAAAGAAUCAACUGAAAUCAAUAUGGCCGAUAUUUUCGAAAAAUAUAGUAAAAGAAACCGUAACCUGGAUGAAAUUUUCUUAGCGGACUAUGCGGCGAACUAUAAUAACACUAAAAAUGAAGAGGGAUCAAACAGUGAUACCAAAAUCAGUGGUGUCGAUAAAAAACGACAGAUUAUAACCGCUAAUCAGGCGAUGUUCUCUAUUAUUCCUGAUGAAAUAAUUGAUGAAGAAUUGGAAGAAUUGAACAAAGAUAAUUGUGACAAAGAAGAUGAUGUUGGCGAAAAUAAUGAUGGUUAUGAACUGUCUAAUGAUCAACGAAUUGAUAUUUUCCAACAAGCUGGUGAUGAAAAAACUGCUUUUCUGAUAAAUGGUGUAACAUUACAUUCUGCAUUUGCAUCACCAUGCAAUUUAUAUGUUGUUAAUAUACCAGAACUAUCAAGUGAUUUAGCCAACAAUAUACGAAAACAAUUAUGUCAGGUGCAACUCGUCAUUAUAGAUGAAAUUUCAAUGGUAGGCUCUACCGUACUAGGUUAUGUAAAUACAAGAUUAAGGCAAAUAACUGGUGUUAAUGAGCCAUUUGGUAGUAUAUCAGUACUUGCAGUCGGAGACUUAAAUCAAUUGCCUCCUGUAAAAAAUUAA